AUGCCCAAGGUCUAUGGCUUGAUUCCGACGAAAUUGUUCAAGAGACGAAUGAAAUCAGAGGAGACCGCGAAGACAACUUUUUGGGCUGACAAUUGGUUGCCAGUACCAGCAGUUGUCGAAUUUGAAGAUGCUGAUACACUGGAGUAUCUUCACAAAGCACCAACUCACCAGAACGUGACAGUGACCAAGUUGGUAUCUGGCUUCGCGCCCGAACAGUGCCGGCCCAUAUUAUUUCAUCCUCACAAUCAAGGUGGUGUUUCCAGCAUGUCAAAAGGAGACAACGCAUACAAGCAAGAGGAAGCCACUGAAACCACUACAAGUGACUCAUUCAGCUUGAGCUCAUUUGACUCCUCAUCUGACGACGGAACCUGUGCCCUUCGCUUCACAGAGCCAGAUUGUUAUGGGCAGACACACCCCAUUGAAACCCCACAACUUAUUGCUUCCAAAUUGCAGUCUUUUGAGCACCAGUUAGUAGCCAUACCCCACCACAAGAAGACCUGUCUCAAGCAGGCCAUGAAGAAAUGCCCUGAGCUUUUGACAGACAAAUUCAAGCUCAUGUUUCUACGUUGUGAGUGCUUUAAUGAUCAAAAGGCAGCCAAACGGUAUGCCAAGUAUUGGGACAACCGAGUGGAAGUAUUUGGGCCUGAAAAGGCAUUCCAACCAUUGACAUUAGACAAGGCUUUGUGCGAUGAUGGUCUGGCUCUGUCUACUGGAUUUCCAACACUUUCUCCCACGAAGCACCCCUCAGGCAGAAACAUUCUAUUUGCAGAUGCCACUACCCAAAUGAUUGGUGCCUACCCAACACAAAGCAUGGUUCGUGCUAUUUGGUACAUGUUCCAUGCAGCAUUGGAAGAUGAGGAGACUCAGAAGAAGGGUUUGGUAUUCUUGGGUGAUACCAGGACAGUCAAGCUUUCACUCUUUGACAAGGACUUGGCCCGGGUCACUGCAUUUAGUGUUGCAGGGUGCAUCCCAGUGCGUUUGUCUAGUCUUCAUGGAUUUUGUCCACCCAGAAUAUUCUUGAUCAUCGUGCCAGUCCUAAAGAUUUUCCUUGGGGAGCGCCUGCGAAAGAGGAUUUAUCUUCACGGAGGCAGUGACAUGGAAAAGGUCUGUGCAGGAAUGGCAAAGUUUGGCCUGGUUGAGACCGUGCUGCCCAGAAACGUGGAUGGAAAGGUUUUGCUUUCCCAUGAAUCUUGGCUGCAGGAAAGGCGCCUUGCUGGUCUCUAG